UAAAUCAGUUAAGAAACAUGGGGAAUUGAAGACUCACAGUGAAAAGGUCAACGCCUUGAGAGAGGAAGUGACGAUUCAAAAUCUGAUAGAGAAGAAAAUUAAAUAUGUGGAACAUGCUUCUAAUUCUCCGUGCAUUUAUCAAUUUCUGAGCAUGUUGCUUGACUACGUCUUGCAAAACAUACACCAGGUCCAAACUCAAUCAAAAGUAAUCGACCGAAUUAAAGCGGUUGACAAGACUCAAGCUGAACGGCAACAAAAAAGGACUGCAAACAUUCAAGCUCGUAUUGAUGCAAAAAAAUAA